CUCGUCAAUCAAUCCUAGGCUGCUUUCUGAUUGGGGCGCGUUACCGUCAAUCCUUAAACAAGGCGUUACUUUCCAGUCGUUUGUCGCGCAAAAAUGGCAGAGAAAGACCUGAGCAGACCCCAGAUGUUUUUAUUUGGAUGUGUGCUGAAGGCUGAUAAAAAGGAGCACAAAGUCGAAGUAGACGAUGAUGAAGUUGACCACCAGUUGUCUCUGAAAGCGGUGUGCCUGGGAGCAGAAGCAGAGGAUAAGUUACAUACAGUGGAGAUAGAGGGAGUGACAUAUGAUGGCAAGACGACCAAAAUCCCUCUUGCUGUGCUAAAGCCAUCUAUUCUGCCUUCUUUAAGUUUAGGUGGGUUUGAAAUCACUCCCCCAUUCACGUUCCGUUUGCAGUCCGGAGCCGGCCCAGUCUACAUCAGUGGGCAACAUUUUGUCAGUAUGAAGGAUUCUGAUGAUGAGGAAGAAGAAGAGGAGAAUAACACAUCACCUGUGAAAAGACCAUCCAACAUGUCCACUGGAAAAGUUCCACUGAAGAAACUCAAAAUGGAUUCAGACAAUGAUGAGGAUGAUGAGGAGGAUGAUAGUGAAGAUGAGGAGGAUGAUGAUAGUGACGAACACGAUGACGACGAAAAGCCAGUGGCACCAAAACCCAUCAAACCCUCACUGAAAGCCCCAGAAAAAAAGAAAAGUGCAGACAAACAGAAUGGCUCACCAGGAAAAAAAGAUGACAAACCAGGGAAGCCUCAGAACCUGGUUACAAUAAAGGGGAAAGACAAGACUGGAGCAGGACUUUCUGGGAAAACUCCCAGCAAGCUCAGCAUAAGUGAGGUCAAGAACAGAUUAGCAACCGCUGCUAAAGAGGGCAAGCCAUUCCCAAAAACGGAACAGAAAUUUGAGAAUUACGCCAAGAACGCUUUCAAGAUCUCUGAUAAACAAGUGAUCAAAGACCUUUGGAACUUUGUACAAACACUGAAAAAGUAAUGGCAGCUUUUGCGACUCCCCCCCCCCCCCUUUGCGUCCCCCCCAUGUACCAGAGGACUAUCCAGUGAUGGCCUUCAGCUGUGAAUUCUGGCUUCUCCCACUCUAAUGGAAACCGUCCACUUUCCUCUGUGUGUAAUGAGACUUUCAAAAUAGAGAGACACUGAGUAGUUAAAGAGAGCUCAUUACCUUGUGUUAUUCUAACGAACCUUUCCAAUGUGUUGUGGAUGUGUCGGACAUAGGAUUUCUAUCAAUGGCGGUAAAUAUUGUAUGACAGCUAUGAAGUAGCUAGGGUAAUUUGUGUUGAAAUACAUCUUUGGGGUUAAUUGCUGUAUAAACACCAAUUUAGGAAUUGGAAGAAUAUUUCUGAAGGAGUCUUCCAGUGUAUCUGAGCAGGUUCGCCUUUUGCUACAGGCAGCUUUUCUUGGAAGAGUUUGGAAAUGACCAUCAUUUGCUGUAAAUAGUGCUAUUCAUUUUAAUGUAAAAACAUGGCAACUGAAAUAUAGCUGAAGAUUGCGUCUGCUUCUGAGUAUUCCGUCUGGCCCAAAAUGUUCCAUCUGACUGAGGAUUCCAUCUGGCUCACAGUAAGCCUUGUAGCCCCGAAAAUCCUGUCUGGCUGUGCUUCUAUAGCUCUCUGUAAGGUGGAAAUCUUGGUGAGCCAAGGUAUCUUUGCCUAGGUACUGUAAUCAGAUAAAGUGAUCUUUUAAGGGUUUUUAGCAGUUUGUUGCCAGAAAAUGACAGCAAAAAAAAAUAUUCAUUGGCUUAAAUUGUGAAACGAUUCCACAGAUGCAUUCCAGUUCGUUUAGUGCUUUGAAUUCCAGAGGCAAUGCUAACGUGCAUUAUCUUUUCAGCAUUUUUCUAGUAUUUCAUUUUAUUAAUGCACUCUUGAAUUUGUCCUUUGUUGUACUCCUACUGUAAUAUUUUAAAUAGGAUUACUUAAUCCUUUACAUCUUCUAAGUGUGUUUGUUUAAUGUUGUACUUACUCAUUUAGGUUUCAGAGUUGGUUUUAACCCAGAAUGUUUCAAGUGUUUUAAUUGUUAACAUGGAUUUGGGGGGGUGGGGGGGGAGAUAAUCUGUUUGUUACUUAUGUGUCAAAUAUACUAUAAGGCCAAAAGUUUCUGGACAUCUUUACCAGCACACACAUGCACAAAGCAAGCUCCAUGAAGACAUGUUUUGACAAGGUUGGUGUGUCCUGCACAAUUCUCUGCCCUCAACGCCACUUUACACCUAUGGAAUAAAAUGGAACCAGCUGCACCCCAGACCUCCUAACCAAACUUCAGCACGUGAACUCACUAAUACUCUUGCUGCUGAAUGGGGAAAUCCCCGAAACCACACUUCUUAAUUUACUGGUAAGCAUUCUGAGAAGUUAUUAUAGCAGCAAAAGUAAAACUAAAUCUGGAGUACGACGUUCAAAAUAAACACGUGAAAGUGAUGGUCAGGUGUCCGAAAACCUUUGGCCAUGCAGUGUACUUUAGACCUUGAACUAUGGUAUUUCUAAUGCAUUUGUGUAGUUGCUUUUAAAACUAACCCAACAAUGCCACAUUUCAUGUCAAAUCUAUACAUAUUUAAGCAGCAGAUUCCAUAUAGUUUUACAGCUGGAAUUCAGGUUCCCAUUGGCCAGUAAACUAGCACAAUCUCUGAUCUGACCAAACAAAUUACACCGCUAUAAAACCAGUCUGUUGAAUCAUCUACAUUAGUUAUUAGCCCUGUUUUCCAUGUGAGGUACUUUAUACUUGAGAGUGUUUAAAAAAAACUAUUUUGCAGUUUGACUCAUCCAUGCUUUUUGUAUUCACAUGUUUCAAUGGCAAAAAGGAAUAAAGUAAACUGCCCCAGA